AGCCAAGCCAAACCUCAAUUCUAAUGGCAUCGUGAGUUUGUUUUGCAGCGUUGUGGAAUCUGUCCGAGCGAAGAACGAAAGAGUUUCGACUCUAGUUCGGGAAACGGAAGAUGUUGCCUGAGUCGGAUAAAGCAGCACCCGUGCCUUUGACACCUCAGGAACUGGCCGUACUGGCUGAAAUCGACAGCCGCCUGUUUGGAUUUUGGAAGCUGAACGCUCCCGAAAACUUCAAGAAGAAAGCCCUAGUUCUGAAGGGUGUUCGACACCUGGAGCAAGUGCUGAUCGCCAACUAUCAGCGAAGUAAGCGCCCUCAGGGAGGCGAUGCCGAUACUGCCGGUCCUGCCUCGGCUGGGACAGCACCUGCUCUUGAUUCACUUCUGGAUCACACUGGCACCGAUGGUGUGAUAAGUGGCGGCCAUGACCGAAAGGGCUUUCAACCCUCCACACCUGCUGCACCGAAGGAGCUUGAUCCGAAGACCUAUUGCAAGCUGGGCCACUUCCAGCUGCUGCUUGAGGACUAUGCAAAAGCCUUAUCUGCAUAUCAGAAGUACUAUGCAAUGAAGGAGGACCACUGGAAGGAUGAACCUUUCCUGUAUGGCUUGGGCCUUGUUUAUUUCCACUACUGUGCCUACCAAUGGUCUAUCAAAGCAUUCCGCCAAGUGCUUUACAUCGACCCCGGCUUCUCGCGGGCCAAUGAAAUCCACCUGCGUCUUGGGUUGAUGUUCAAGGCCAUCGCCGACUAUGAGUCUGCUCUCAAGCAUUUUCAGUUAGCUCAGAGCGACUCCAGGCCAAGCACCUUUACAAAACCUGAAGUGCGCUUUCACAUUGCUCACGUUCUGGAAGUGCAGGGGAAGUACAAGCAGGCAAAAGAAGCUUACGAGCAGCUCCUCGGUGUGAAGGACAUCAGUCGCACAGUGCGGGCUGAGACAUUGCGGCAGUUGGGUUGGAUGCACCACACCUUAGAGGUCCUUGGGGAAAAACCGCAACGCCAAGCGUACGCUCUGCACUGCCUGCAGAAAUCUAUUGAGGCUGACCCGACCAGUGGCCAGUCAUUGUACUUUCUCGGGCGCUGCUUUGCUAGUAUUGGCAAGGUGCACGAUGCAUUCAUCUCUUACCGCAACUCAGUGGACAAGGCGGAGGCCAACGCAGACACCUGGUGCUCCAUAGGAGUACUCUACCAGCAGCAGAGCCAGCCGAUGGACGCUCUGCAGGCGUACAUUUGCGCCGUGCAGUUGGACAAGGCACACAGCCCCGCCUGGACCAACCUGGGUGUGCUGUACGAGAACUGCAGCCAACCACAGGAUGCCCUCAAGUGCUACCUCAACGCCAUGCAUGGAAGCUCGUCCUCCUCCGGCAACCUUGCAGGCCGAGUCAAGUUCCUGCAGACGCAGCUGAGCGCCGCACCCCCGGCGAGUGUGCAGAAACCUCGGCAGCUGCCAUGCAUUGAGGAUGCCUGGAACAUUCCAAUCUCCCAGGAGAUGGCCUCCAGGCAAAACAAUCAGCAAAACCGGAGCCCAGCAGGCUCCACGCCCCAGCAGCGUGCUGGCUACCCCCCGGACCAGGUGGACGGGAACAGCACCAAGAAGCUGAAGGUGGCCUCAGGCUCACCACGUGCCAUGACUCCAGGGGCCAGUGAGGUGGGGCCUGAGCACAGGGCAGCUGUCCCUGCUGGCCCACCUCCACCCUUCUACCUGAGCCACCAGCAGCUGCAGGUGCUGGCCUACCUGCAGCAGAACCAGGAGACGCUGAACCCCCAGCAACGCAAUCUGCUGCAGCAGCUGCAGCAGCAGCACCGGCUCAUGCAGCAGCACAGGCAACAGCUGCUCCUGCAGAGGCAGCAGGCACAGCAGCAGGCACAGCAACAACAGCAGCAGCAAAUAGCAGGCGGUAACUUUGCUGCUCCCCCUCGGCCCUAUGGGCCCUCGUAUGCCAUGGCUCCUGGCCAGAGGGCCAACGGCUAUGCACCCCCACAGCAGCAGGGAAGUCAGUGUGCCCCCUCAGCCACCUAUCGCCUCCCACAACCCCAGGGCCGACCCCAGCCUCCUGUGGCACCUCUGAGUGACCAGGACCUGCAGCUGCUCUUGUCACAGAGUAAAGACACGGCAUCGAGCCUCGCCGAGGACAUCCUGGCCCAUCUGGCUGGACCAGACCUCCUUGACACGCCGAGGCUCGCUGAAGCAGGACUACCGGGGGCUUCAUCCGAUGACAGCACGCCAUCAAAGAGUGCGCCUGAGGAAUCCAAGGACACUCUGAAGAGUGGUCUGGCUGAACGACUGCUGCCAGGGCAAUCCAAGCCGGCUUUGUCUAUUGCCAUGUCAGCGGCGGAAGUGUUGGAAGGUUGUGCGGAGAUAGCACGCCAGGGAGGUGCCUUCCCGCUGAGUCUGCUGUCUGACGACCCCACGCCUCCGCGACCGCCGGAUCCCCCGUCACCACCACCCACCAAGGAGCAGCUGCUGCCACAGACACCCAGUGUCUUUCUGGAGAACAAGAAGCAGGCCUUCUCGCCGCAGCUGCAAGAGUUCUGUGUGGCGCACCCCAUUGCAGUGAUCCGGAAUAUGGCCAAUGUCCUCAAACUGGAUCUUGGCCUUUUCUCUACAAAAACGCUUGUGGAAGCCAAUCCGGACCAUACGAUAGAGGUUCGCACGCAGCUGAUGCAGUCGCCGGACGAGAAUUGGGAUGCAGAACGGCGGAACAUGGUGUGGCGCUGUGAGAGCCAUCGGUCACAUACGAGCAUAGCACGUUAUGCUCAGUACCAGGCAUCCUCAUUCCAGGAGUCCCUCAAGGAAGAGCAAGAGAAGGCGCAGGGUGUACAGCGAGAGUCCGACAGUGACUCCAACUCGUCGCUGCCUCGGGCGUCGGCUGGUGGCAAGCGGUGGCGGCGCAGUGCCCACUUCAAGACCAUCAAGUUUGGCACUAACGUGGACCUGUCCGACGAGCGCAAGUGGCGCCCACAGCUACAGGAGCUGACCAAGCUGCCGGCCUUUGCACGGGUUGUCUCUGCGGGCAACAUGCUCAGCCACGUGGGCCACACCAUUCUCGGCAUGAACACUGUGCAGCUCUACAUGAAGGUGCCGGGCAGUCGUACACCUGGCCACCAAGAGAACAACAACUUCUGUUCGGUGAACAUCAACAUUGGACCAGGAGAGUGCGAAUGGUUUGCUACGCCGGAAGAGUACUGGGGUGUUAUUCACGGUCUCUGUGAACGGAACAACAUCAACUACCUCCAUGGCUCAUGGUGGCCCCUGAUGGAGGACCUCAUGGCAGCACGCAUCCCAGUGUACCGGUUUCUGCAGCGUCCAGGCGACUUGGUGUGGGUGAACGCAGGCACUGUGCACUGGGUGCAGGCAGUGGGCUGGUGCAACAACAUUGCCUGGAAUGUGGGCCCCCUCAACAGCACUCAGUUCAGGCUGGGCCUCGAGCGGUACGAGUGGAACAAGCUGCAGGCCUACAAGUCCAUUGUGCCCAUGAUUCACCUCUCCUGGAACCUGGCACGCAACCUCAAGGUCUCAGAGCCGCAGCUCUUCGAGCUGAUCAAGUACUCCCUCCUCCGGUCACUGAGGCAUUGUCAGAUAGUGGUCGAGUUUGUCAAAGGCCUCGGCAAGGAGAUCCGCUGGCACGGACGGGCCAAGAAUGAGAUCGCCCACUACUGCGCCAACUGUGAGCUUGAGGUGUUCAACAUCCUACUGGUGAGGGAGGUCGACAAGAAGCAUGUGGUUCACUGCCUCAGCUGCAGCCGUCGCAUCAACCCCCGCCUCGACGGAUUCGUCGUGCUCGAAGAGUACUCGAUAGAAGACCUCAUGGAUGUCUAUGACAACUUCUCCCUGCAACCCGCACAAACUCCUUCAAGCUCAUCAUGACAGUCAGCAGGGAGCCCAUGUACCAUACCUUGACUGCUGGAACAGUCACCCAGUCAGCCACUGCACUGGCCUGAGCAGCUGGCCUGAAGAGCGUGCGGGGCCCCCGUCAAGGUCCUGCCCGCACCUCGAAAGCAUCAGCAGCAGCAAGUCGUUUGUGCACGUGUACAUAGCAGACCUGGCAUCAAGGGGACAAUUACCGCUGUCUCUCAUUGUGCUGCUGCGGACAUUGCGUUUUCUUCAUACUUAGUGUGUCCCUUGAAUUGAAGGGGUGGGGGGGAGGCUUCUGUUGUACACUUUUACGGAAGUGUGUCCACGCCUUUGUUUUGUUUUUUGUUAGGAGCACUCACUGAAGAGAGAUAAAAGUUCGCUUACGAAACCAGUGAAGGAAAAGAAAAGCUUUGGCUUUGAGCUAGGCAUGGCAACAGUGUACAGAGUAUUCUCGUGAAAUGUGGCAAGUUAGUUCUGCCGGUCUUGAAGGAGUGCGCAAGUUGGCAUGUGGCACUGGCACGGUCGGCGUAUGUAUCGAGGCCGGCUUCGCUAACGUAGUAGAUGGCAAGAGGGCGUAUGGUUUCUUGCAGUACCCAUUUCCUUGCGGAUGCAUUUCGAAACCUUACACGGUUCUGUGGCAAGUUCCACUUCUAGGUCGCCAGGAAGAGUGUACUGUAGCAAGGUUCAGAGUGUAGAGAGUUUGUUGGUUGCCUGUUUUGUGUGGUCCUGGUAGUACCGCAAGUGCUCGAGUAAGGGCUGCACGAAAGAUUUCCCACUUGAAGAUGAAAAUGCAACCUAGGGCUUUAGUACCGCAUGCAGGCUUUAGUCUACAAUGCAUGCGAAAGUUGCAAGCAUAGUCAUCAUGUUGCGAGACAGCUGUGCUGGAACGUGCGUUACCUAGUACAUACAAGCAUUGCCAAGUGUGACCGCUGCAGUGGUCCCCCACAUUUAAUUCCCGACUUGGUAGUACUAAAGGCCACACACCCAGAAUCAUUUAGUCCUUUAAUGAUACUCUCUGUGCUUAAUUUUUAAAAAAUUCAUGAAAUGUGUAAAAGGAUUUAAAAUGUUAUACGUACUGGCAUGUUCAAGCGCACACAUGGAGCCCACGCACAGCCAAAAGAGAGCCCUUACCCGAGCACACGCGGGAAAUAGCUGCAGCGGCAUCGUACAUGCUCCCAGUGCAAAUUGUCAUCCCUUCACCACAUCUGUGAACACUGCCAUUUAUAUUUUUUUUUCUCAUUGCCUGCCUGUUCAUUGGAAACACUGCCACUUUCCAUCAAGGGCACAACACACAUUUUAGAUAGUGUGCAUAGUGUGAUAGCUAGCCAAGCUUGAUAAGGAUCCUUAUUUUUACCAUCGUGGGUUGCUGCUGGAAUUAAGCUCAGUGUGGCGUGGAUAGCAUACAAGUAUUGAGGUGCAAGAGGACACGAAAUAAUAUAAAGUAGUGAAAGGGCUGGAAAGAUAGUUAUUUUCCUGCCCCGUCGUCACUUCGUAUUUGCUGUGUUUUGACGCCAUAAGCGGUACGAACCAUUGUGUCCAGCAGCAAGCAGUGACACAAAGGUAUCGCUGGGUUCACAAUGUUGCUGGCUCUGGUUAUGUUCCAAGAGCAGCUAGCAAGCAGCAACCGACUGCCUCCACCCAGCAUGUCACAAAUCGGCAGGAGCCAAUUCUGAUGUGGCAAUCAAUGUGUUACAGAAUUGAGAACUGUGGCACACUGCGAAAGCAAAGGUAAAAGGAAUUGUGCAUGUUGAUUAGAUUGUUGUCAUGAAAUGACUGAAUUUGUUUGCUCAUUGAAAAUUGUGUAUUGAGGCAAAGCCCAACCCUCCCGAAGGCAUUAUGAUGUCCCAUGAUCUCACUUCAUGCAUCACCAUGUAUUUAUACACACAGACUUUGUACUAGAAUGCAGCCCUUGUUUUCGAUAAUUGCCUGGCCCUGCCUCUGUUUUUGUGUAAUUUAUCUCGUGUCUUUGCAUUUACAGACAAAGUUUAUGUUUAUUAAAAAAUGAACACUCUGA